AUGACUUCAAGUGAAGAUAAAACGAUGGAAGAACAUUCUACUGAACGUAAAAGAAAAAUGGCUUCGCAACCAAGCUUUGACGAUGAAAUGGAUUUGGAUGGGUUUAGUGAACUUGACAAGCUUGAUCCUGUCGAUUCACAACAACAACAAUCAACACAACAAUCUUCCCUUCAGUCUUCUGCUCCAUCGUGUAGUUCUACAAGUAAUCCUGUUCAUAAUGGACCGAUGUUAAACGGUCUAACAACAGCAUCUCCUUCAAUUGGCCAUCCUUCCUCACAACCCCCACCUCAGCAACGACUAAAUAGUCAACAUGGACCAAAUUCAGUAGGUCAAGUCCCGCAGCAACAAAGUGCUGUGUUGGAACUUCUUUUAAACAACCAAUCUUCUAGUGCCUCUUCUAAUAUAAAUAAUAGUCCUAGGCAGCAGUCUUACUCAUCGGCUGGAAAUUACCCAAACAAGUAA